AUGCAUGUCGGGCGUUCAGCCACCGUGACAGGUCACCGUAUCAUAUGCAAUAUGCACUCCUCUGCAGUCUCGCCGGCCGACACAUCAUACAUCGAACAGAUGAACGCGGAUAGGGCCGUACUACUUCAUCAGCGGGUCCUCCCAGUACGAUCAGGCAUCCUCCUUGGGUUCUUUGGCCGCGAUCUGUCACAACCUUGUCUCGGCAGAGGCGGGGCUCCCAUCCGUCGCGUCAGGAUCGGUUCAGCCAUCCAAGCUCAUUAUAGCCACGAAGUACCGCAAUGUGGCAAGGCUGCCUUUGAUCUAGACUCAACCAAGUCACUACCUGACAUCUGCCAUGUGGGUAGCAGGAACGAUGGCCAGCAAUGGCGUUGUGUUCCUCGCAACUGUUUUCCGACCCCAGUAUGUAAUAGGUAUCGCAUAAUUUCCUGUCUGGACUGGCACCUCUCACCGGAAGUGCGAGGUGCCAUUGCAUGUCCGGUGCAUCGCUUUGAGAUAUUCGGUGGUCCAGGUAGAACGAACCGCCCUCCAGCCACUCCAGGCCUACAGUACUCAACAUCCGCUAUUGACUUUUGCUACGGAGUAGUACCAUGA